CGUCCUUUCACUGUCACGCAUGCGCACAAGAACUCUGACUUGACAACAAGGCUUCGGAUGUGAGCCAUCGACGAAAUGGACACAGCAGGCCAUAAGCAUGAAAAACAGGAGGUCAGUGAUAAUGUCAAGGUGGUAGUGAGAUGUCGCCCACUCAACCAGAGGGAGAAGAUGACGGGAUUCAAACAGGCCGUCACGGUGGACGAGAUCCGUGGAACCAUCACAGUUAAUAAGUUCGAGACGGCUCAGGAGCCUCCGAAAACAUUCACCUUUGACACUGUGUUUGGGCCUGACAGCAAACAGCUGGAUGUGUACAAUCUCACAGCUCGCCCCAUCGUAGACUCAGUACUUGAAGGAUAUAAUGGCACAAUUUUUGCAUAUGGGCAAACUGGGACGGGAAAAACCUUCACCAUGGAAGGUGUGAGAGCAGUGCCAGAACUUCGAGGGAUAAUCCCAAAUUCCUUUGCUCACAUUUUUGGUCAUAUCGCCAAGGCCGAGGGGGACACCAGAUUUUUAGUUCGUGUGUCAUACCUGGAAAUUUACAAUGAGGAAGUCCGGGACUUGUUGGGCAAAGACCAAAUGCAAAGGCUAGAGGUGAAGGAAAGACCAGAUAUAGGCGUGUACAUCAAGGACCUGACUAGCUAUGCGGCGAACAAUGCUGACGACAUGGACAGGAUAAUGACAGUGGGCCAUAAGAAUCGAUCUGUUGGUGCUACAAACAUGAACGAGCACAGCUCCCGUUCCCAUGCUAUUUUCACCGUCACUAUUGAGUACAGUGAGAAGGGGCUGGACGGAAACCAACAUGUGCGAAUGGGAAAGCUGCACUUGGUUGAUCUGGCGGGUUCAGAGAGGCAGGGUAAAACUGGAGCCACAGGUCAGCGGUUGAAGGAGGCAACAAAGAUCAACCUCUCCCUCUCCACACUGGGGAACGUCAUCUCAGCCCUGGUUGAUGGCAAGAGCACCCACGUUCCCUACAGAAAUUCCAAACUGACCCGUCUGCUUCAGGAUUCACUGGGAGGAAACUCCAAGACUAUGAUGUGUGCAAACAUUGGUCCCGCAGACUAUAAUUAUGAUGAGACCAUAAGUACCCUGCGCUAUGCUAACAGGGCUAAAAACAUCAAAAACAAGGCCAGGAUCAAUGAGGAUCCCAAAGAUGCUCUUUUACGACAGUUCCAAAAAGAGAUUGAGGACCUUAGGAAAAAACUGGAAGAGGGUGAAGAGAUCUCUGGGUCAGAGGGCAGUGGGUCUGAGGAGAUGGAUGAAGGUGAUGAUGAAGCUGGAGAGCCAGGAGAAGGCCGCCGGAGAAGAAAAGAAGAAAGAGGAAGGAAGAAGGUCUCGCCGGACAAAAUGGUUGAGAUGCAAGCAAAGAUUGAAGAAGAAAGAAAGGCUUUGGAGGCCAAGCUUGACAUGGAGGAGGAGGAAAGAAACAAGGCCCGAGCAGAGCUGGAAAAGCGAGAGAAGGACCUUAUUAAGGCCCAGCAGGAGCAUCAGCUGCUGCUGGAGAAGUUGUCUACCUUAGAGAAGAAGGUGAUUGUGGGUGGAGUGGAUCUUCUGGCCAAAGCUGAAGAGCAGGAGAAACUCUUAGAAGAGUCAAACAAUGAGCUUGAAGAACGUCGGAGGAGAGCUGAGCAGCUUCGUAAGGAACUGGAGGAGAAAGAGCAAGAGCGUCUGGACAUAGAAGAGAAGUACACCAGCCUACAGGAAGAGGCUCAAGGGAAGACCAAAAAGUUGAAGAAAGUUUGGACCAUGCUAAUGGCUGCCAAAUCUGAAAUGGCAGAUCUUCAACAAGAGAAUAACAGAGAGAUUGAGGGUCUUCUGGAAAACAUCCGCCAGCUGAGCCGGGAGCUCAGGUUGCAGAUGCACAUCAUAGAUAAUUUUAUUCCCCAGGAAUAUCAGGAGAUGAUAGAGAAUAAUGUUUACUGGAAUGAAGACAUAGGAGAAUGGCAGCUGAAAUGUGUGGCUUUCACUGGCAACAAUAUGAAAAAACAAAGCCCUGCCCAAGACAAAAAAGAAAAGGAUCCGUUCGAGGUGGAUCUGUCCCAUGUGUACUUGGCCUACACAGAGGAGAGUCUGCAGCAGUCACUGAUGAAGCAGGAAAGGCCCAAAACCUCUAAAAGUAGCAAGAGCGGCCGACCUAAGACUGGGCGAAGGAAAAGGUCUUCAAAGCCAGAGGCUGUGAUUGAAUCUCUUCUGCAAUGAGGACGGCUGAAGGCGAGGACUCCAUUUCACUGCAACUCUCAUGUCUGUUAGUCAGUUAGCCUGUUAGUCUGGUUUUUGCUUGAACACUAUGUAUAGCAAAUAAUGUUUACAUUUCUUUUGUUACUUUUCCAUUGUUCAUACUGUAAUAAUUUUCUUCAAACAGUCUUACCUACUAUGAGCUGGUUGAGUACUUCAUGAUGCAGUUCAACAAAAAUAGCGUUUCAUAUAGUCUCAUUUUAUUUAUAGAUAUAUUAAACAGCUGUUCGAACUUUACAAAAAAAUUGUUUUAGCUCUGCACAUAUGCUCUGCCUGCUUGACAGGUUACUGUUUGUUCAAAUCAUUAAGGCGUUGUGUGACUGAAAAUGACUUGUGUUUUCGGAAAAAGAUGCAAGAAGAUAGAUAGAACAAAGAGUUUUGGGGAAAGAAGCAUGUAAAUAUUUGAACAUAUGAAGAUAACUGUCAUUUUUAUUUCCAGUGACUGAUGUUUUUUUUUUUUGUGAGAAGUUAGAACUUUUUUUGUAAAAGUUGUUGUGGUUGAUAAAUCCACUGUUUUCUUGUUUUCCCACUUAAAUGUGCACCUAAAAUAAUAAUGUAUAUUAGGCUCAAACAGCAGUUAAGUUUUUAUUGGUAAUGUUCAAUAUUUUCUCUUUAUCAAAACAUGAUACUUUCACUUUUUUUCAUAAAUGGUGGAUCCUGCUGAAACGUAACCUUCCUGUUUUUAAUGCAGCCGUCUGUUGCUGUUUACAUUUUCUUCUAUUACUGCUCCAUACCACAAAAGACCCACUCCAAUAUUCUUUUGAUCUAUUCCAAACAGAUUCUCAGUGGUCUUGUUAUUAUGAUUAUUAAAGCCUGUCAUUUUCCAGGACAUAGUUUCUGCAGAGCAGCAGUUCUGUAGUUCAUUAGAAAUACGGGACCAAUGGCACAGAGCACCACCUUCUCUUCCCCUCACCAUUACAGAGAGCUUUCUGUUUACACGCUCUCCUGCUAGCUUACAGCAUCUCUCGCCCUCUAUAACCUUAUUGGUGCAGCAAAAUGGUGAGCUAAAUUGGAGCUACCCAGUAGUAAAAUAUUGACCGGGAUGCCAGCUCAGAGAAGGAAAUACCAAAUAUGAAUAAUUUGCUGGGUCAACAAAUUGUAAAGCUAAAAAAUAAGUCACCAAAAGUGAACUAUUUAACUGGAGCAGGGAGUGGGUUGCAUGUGUGCAGCACAGCAACUAAACGCAUUUUUCACCCAAUUUGUUUCUUAAGCUCUAAAUCUCUGUGUGUUGACCCUCGAAAGGUGAAAUGAAAAUAAAAAGCUUAAAAUGUU